AUGUCUGAAAUAUUGAACCUUAAAUCCUACCCUCCUGUGUUUCGCCAACAAAACACUGGCCUGGACAAUACCACCAAAGAAAUUCAAGAGGUUAUUAAUGAUGAUGCCGUACCUGUAUUAGACUUUCAGUGCCUAAACCUGGAUGAACUCGGAGAGGCUUGUAAAGAUUGGGGCUUGUUUCGUUUGGUGAAUCAUGGGAUUCCUGUAACCCUAAUGAGCCAGCUCAGAGACCAUGCAAGAAACCUUUUAUCUCUUACUUUUCAAUCAAAACAAGAACUAUUCACUAGCCCCGUAUCCUAUUUUUGGGGCACCCCCGCCCUAACUCCAACUGGGGCAUCUCUUUCAAUAGGACCUCAUAACAUCAACUGGGUAGAAGGUUUCAAUGCUCCUCUUAGUCAACUCUCUCAGUUUCAUGGUGGAAAUCCCGUGCUUGAUUGGUUCAGAUUUUUGUUGGAAGAAUAUGGAAGGCACCUGGCUAGACUUGCAACGACUAUAUUCGGAGCAAUGGCCAAAAACCUCAAUCUUGAUGCAGAAAAAUCAAAAUCGUAUCUGUCAGAAUCUACAGGAUUUAUACGUGUUUACCGAUACCCACAAUGCUCUAGGGAAAGCGAGGCAUGGGGCAUGAAUGUGCACACAGACAGCUCAGUUCUUUCAAUACUGAACCAAGACCAAGUGGGUGGACUUCAAGUUCUCAAGGAUGAUAAAUGGCUCCAUGUAAAACCUAUUCCUAACUCAUUGAUUUUCAACCUUGGAGAUAUGAUGCAGGCUAUGAGUGACGACCAAUACACCAGUGUGAAACAUAGAGUGAAGGUGAACAAAGACGAAGAGAGAUUCUCCAUCUGCUACUUUGUCUUCCCAGCUGAAGGCAGUGUCAUACAGAGCUCAAAGUAUAAGCCUUUCACUUACAGUGAUUUCCAAUCACAAGUACAACAAGACGUAAAGACACUAGGAUUUAAAGUUGGGCUUGAGAGGUUCAAGCUCAAUGUCACUGAGGCUGCUGGUUGA